UAUUGUUCAAUAUUCCCAAAGAAUCACGCUUUUGAAAAGGAUCAAGUAGUCUUGCUGUGGAUGGCUGAAGGUUUAUUGCAAGGACUCAAAAACAAAACAAUGGAAGAAGUUGGUAAUGAUUACUUUCUUGAUCUUGUAUCAAGAUCAUUGUUUCAACAAUCAAGUGAUGGAAAAUCAUGUUUUGUAAUGCAUGAUCUUGUCAAUGACAUAGCAAAAUCUGUUUUUGGGCAGUUUGUCUUUAGGUUGGAGGCUAAUUGUUCUCAAAAAAUUGUGAACAAGACUCAUCACCUGUCGUAUUUUAGAACAAGAUUUGAUGACUUUGAGAAGUUUAAGGCUCUUAACGAGGCUAAGCGGUUGCGCACUUUCCUGCCAUUAGAAUUUUCUAUCAUGGACAACAAUUUGACUAAAAAAGUACCACAUGAUUUAUUGUCAAAUCUGAGAUGUUUACGGAUACUCUCUUUGUCUCACUAUGAGAAUGUGACAAACUUGCCUAAUUCAAUUGGUAAAAUUAAACAACUACGCUAUUUGGACCUUUCUUUCACCUCGGUUAAAAGGUUGCCUGAUUCCAUGUGUCAGCUGAUCAAUUUGCAAACACUCAAGUUAUCAUGUUGUAAUAAUCUUGUUGGAUUGCCAAGGGAUAUGCGUAAACUCAUUAAUCUACGGCAUCUUGAUAUUACUGGAACUGGCAUAAUGGAGAUGCCGAUACAAUUGGGCAGAUUAAAAUAUCUCCAUACAUUGACUACAUUUAUCAUCGGCAAAACUAGUGGGUCCUGCAUAGGAGAGUUGAGAAAACUUACAAAUCUUCGAGGAAAGCUUGCUAUUAUGAAUCUUCAAAAUGUUGUCUCUUCUAUGGAUGCUUUGGAUGCAUGCUUGAAGGAGAAGAAACACAUUAAGGAUUUGGUGUUGGAAUGGAAAGAUGAUAAUGUUGUUUUAAGAAGUCAAAGAAAUAUACUUGACAGUCUCCAGCCUCAUUCAAAUUUAGAAAGUCUUACAAUCAAAUAUUAUAGUGGGAACAGUUUUCCAGAUUGGGUAGGGCAUCAUUCAUUCUCUAAUAUAGCAUCUCUUCAUCUAUACGGCUGUAAAUAUUGCCUCAGCUUGCCACCACUUGGGCAGCUACCCUCGUUGCAAGACCUUUCUAUUAUUCACUUUGAUGAAGUUGUUAUAGUGGGUCGUGAGUUUUAUGGCAACAAUUCUUCAAUGAAGCCAUUCAGAGCCCUGAAAGUUUUAAGGUUUGAGCGGGCAUUGAAGUGGGAGCAAUGGUUUUCUUUGGGGGCUGAAAAUGAAAAUAGAGCUUUUCCUCAUCUUCAAGAGCUUUAUAUUGAUAACUGCCCUAAGCUAACAGGAAGAUUGCCCAUCCAUUUUCCUUCUUUAGCUAAACUUGAGAUCAGGGAAUGUCCGUUGCUAGGGGCUUCACUCCCAAGGGAUCCUGCUAUAUGUCAAUUGAAUCUAACAUGUGGUGAGGACCUGUUAAAGAAUUUGCCAGCUAAAAUACAGGUUCUCAAAGUUGGAGGAUUUGAUGCACUAGAUUCCCUAGCCGUGGGAAUGAUGGAGUCCAACUGUUCUCUUCAAGAGUUAGAAAUCUCUAACUGUACCUCACUUGUUUCUCUUCAAGAGCUUCCAAUGCAUGGGAUCUUUUCAUCACUUAAAACAUUGUACUUGAUAAAUAUUUAUGAUUCUUUGAGCUCCUUCCCAUUGGACUUAUUCCCAAACCUUUGUGAUAUCUAUAUCUUUAGGUGGGGGAAUUUGGAAUCUCUUACAAUGUCAGAACAAUGUGAACAUGAUUUAAUGAUCGUGAACAUACGAAUAAUAGAUUGCCCUUGUUUUGUAUCUUUUCCAAAAGGUGGAUUGCGUGCCCCCAACCUUACAUUGCUUUGGGUUUGGAAUUGUGGAAGUUUGAGGUCAUUGCCAGAUAAGAUGCACUUUUUCCUCCCAUCUCUUGAGGAUUUGCAAAUAGUUGGCUGUACAAAAGUUGAGUUGUUUCCUUUGGGGGGCUUGCCUUCCAAUCUAAAAUCGGUCUCCAUUGUUGAUUGUGACAACCUCGUUGCUGGACGAAUGGAAUGGGGUUUGCAAAAGCUCCCCUUUCUUAAAAGUUUGUUUAUUUGUGGCGAAAAGGGAGAUGCAAAGUCCUUUCCGGAGGUGGGAUUGCUGCCCCCGAAUUUGACUGCUCUUCAAAUAAAGAAUUUUCCAUGUUUAAAAUCUUUGGAUAAAAGUGGGUUUCAACACCUCGCCUCUCUUGAAGAAUUGCGGAUCGAUAAUUGUCCUAUGCUCAAGUACAUGCCAGAAGAGGGGUUGCCUGCCUCCAUUUCUGUUUUACUUAUCAACAGUUGUCCUUUGCUAAAGAAACAACUUCACAAGAAAAAAGGAAAAGAAUGGUUCAAGAUUGCUCAUGUCCACCUAAUAAUGAUUGAUGAUGAAUUGAUUGAAUGAGCUAAAUGUCUAGCAAGAAUCUCCACUUAGAAUUUAGAAGAUCUAAGCGCUCGAUUAUGACUUGACAAAGCAGAUGUAGGCAUAUAGAAUCUGAUGCCCUGCUUCUCACAUCAUCUAAUGCAAUGGUGCCUACCAUCCAACCCGCACUGCCCCAACUGAAGUUAUUGCUGUUUCUUAUGCCUUCAAUUAUCAAAUUUUUGAGAUGAGAAAUUGCAGCUGGGUAUUAGAGAGUGAUAUUAUCUGUUGGCUAAAUAAUGCAGGUGAAAGUGAAAGGCCUCAAGAAAGUUAUUUUUUAGAGAGAUUUGCAUGUGGUGGUGACUGCCUUUCUCGGCCAGGACCUUCCUCUCAAGUGGCACCUAGAGCCAUUUAUCUCUUAAGCACGGCUUCUUCUAAAUCACAUUCUAGCUUGGUAUGUUCGCAAAGUCCACCGUGGUGCGAAUCUAGCUGGAUGAACCAUUUGAAUUGACAUAGUGAAAGUAUUCCUAUUUCCUCUCUGCACCCGUUUCUCCCGCAGUUUGAGUUGUUUUUAGCUUUGUACUUUGUCUUUCUUUGUUUGUAUUCUUAUUUGCCCAGGAAGAAAAGAACUGGUUUGUUUUGUAAGACACCCAAAUGUCAUUGUUGUUGGUCUGUAUCUUGUAUAAUAAGAAAGUCUGUAAGCACUAAAAACUUCAAUAAAGAGGGCAAAAUUGUUGCUUUCUAGA